CCCUACAUCAAGAACAAAUCUAACUUCCAGAAUCAUGUAAAUUUCCGUUUUUAUUAUUUAAAAAACCCCACACCGAUAGAUGUUUAUUCAUUAGGAGCUCUUAAGCAUCACUGACGUCUAAAGGUGCGUAAAAUCACCAUGAAACACAAGCAAUAAAAUUUUCCAAGUCGCCAUGAAGCAAAAUGAAAGUCGGUCACACGCCAAGAACGAUAACUCUCAGCACGGAACAAAUCGAACGGAGUUGACAAGUCGACACUGGAAGGACGAUCUUUUUAACUUUUUUGAUUCGCACAUCCGCGAAUUGCAAUAUGGUUUUUAUGGUCUUGGUAUUUUGGGAUGUGUUCUGAUCUUAAAAUCAACCAGAGCAACUACAAAGUUCACAUCAGUGGGUCAAAUACCUACAAGCUACAUAGAAAAGAAUGUGACGCUACAAGGAAAUGUCCGCUAUGUGACAGACACAGGGUCAUUACUAACUCAACACCAGCCUAUACUACAAACACCCACGUGGCUAUCAUCUCAAAAUGAUGAGGGUUUACUUCCAGUUGAAAUAAUUGGCGUUGCAGUGACACCUGGUGGUCGGAAGUGGCUUAUUGAUAGCAUCAAAGACAGACAUGUAUGGUUCAAACUCCUCCGAUCCUCACCAUCAUCGGUACAGUGUAUUGUGUAUAGGAAACCUGGAUUCUUGCGAAAAGUAAACGUCAAUGAAGAACUGAUAAAAAUGGGUUUUGGUAAAGUUCAUUUUGUUGAAGACCAACCUUUUUCCGACAGUCACCUGCAUGGGCAAGUUCUUGAAAGGUUACUCAAACUGGAAUCGGUUGCGGAAAGGAAAGGUCUUGGCAUGUGGAAAGCAACAAAAGAAAACAAAAUUGAAAAAGUUGCAAUCUUUCAUAAACUGAAAAACUUAAUUUUAUUUCCAGUGAAAUAUUUUAGAAAGCAGUCAUCAGAGAAAAAAGGAUUUUGAUUAGCAGCUAAGACAAUUUUUGUAUUCAGAUAUAUCCCAAUAUGGAUUCCUUGUAUGACAGUACCAUGUAGGUUUCACUAUAUUAUUUACAGCAGCAGCAACAGUAUUUCAAAGGUUAAAUCUAUUGUAAAGUUAAAACCUGACAAAAAGGUUGUACCAAGUGGUAGUCAAAUAUCACGAGAUGACUACAUGUUUGUCUGCUUUCAUUUUCAAUAAAGGCUAAUUGAGUUUUAUAAAAUCUAUUGAAAAUCCUUCAUUAAAAGAAAACCGGACCAAGAGUCAGUAUAAUGUACAUGUAGUACUGGAAACAUUCCAUUCACAUCAUGUAAGUGGACCCAUUAAAAGAAAACCGGACCAAGAGUCAGUAUAGUGUACAUGUAGGUACUGGAAACAUUCCAUUCACAUCAUGUAAGUGGACCCAUUAAAAGAAAACUGGACCAAGAGUCAGUAUAAUGUACAUGUAGGUACUGGAAACAUUCCAUUCACAUCAUGUAAGUGGACCCAUUAAAAGAAAACCGGACCAAGAGUCAGUAUAAUGUACAUGUAGGUACUGGAAACAUUCCAUUCACAUCAUGUAAGUGCACCCAUUAAAAGAAAACCGGACCAAGAGUCAGUAUAGUGUACAUGUAGGUACUGGAAACAUUCCAUUCACAUCAUGUAAGUGCACCCAUUCUCGGAGUGGUUUUUUCCCAUCCAAACCAGUGACCCACGAUUGGUAUAUCAAAGAUCAUGGUAUGUGCUGUCUAGUCUCUGGGAAAUUGCAUAUAAAAGAUCCCAUGUUGCUAAUUAAAAAAUGUAGUGAUGGUCCCUUUUUUUUCUGAUAACGUUUGGAACCUUUAGCUUAGGUAUUUUGUAAAAUUCUUUGCAGCGCUACAUUGGAAUAAUACUUUAGGCAUGCAAAUUAAACAGCGAAAUAGAGUUAAACCAUGUAUAAUAUAGCUCAUAGUUCAUAAUUUUAUUAUAAAGUUAACCCUUAAGGAAGGCUUUUAACAAAAUAAAGAAAAUAUAUGAUACAAGUAUGUAUGUAUGCCCACAUAAAACUGUCAGAUCAAAUGUCGGAAUUUAAUGUGCUUAUAUCAAAUUAAUGUUCAAACACACUCACUGGGGGCACAGACUCUUGACUUCCGCCAGAAAAUGUGUCCCAAAUGAGAAAAGGGGGUAGGGGUAAAAGAAAGCAACUGAAAUUUGGACCAAAAAAAUUAAUGGAUACAUAUUUUGUAAAAUUAAUAGACAAAAACUAAAUUUGUUUAUGUAUAUCCAAAUGUUUUAUUUUUAUUUGUUUAAAUUUGUACGCAAUUUAGACGGCUCACUAAUUUAAAAAUAUUUUGAUCGGACUAUUAAGACAAAUUUUGAACCAGAUCUGAAAUUAGUCAGAGUUUAGAACCUUUUAUUUGCCCAAUGGUGGGUUUAUACAAAAUGAAAAUUUGGCUUACCAUAAAUUCAACUAUAUAUUAAAUUUAUAAUUAAUAAUAAUUAAUCAUCAAAGUUUAUUAAAGUAUAUGUAAGGAGCGGGAAGUAAAGCAAGGUCCACUUAGGCUUUCAUUUUAAUUAAUGUAUGGACCAGCCCCACUCCGCACCCCCACUCCGCACCCCCACUCCGCACCCCAACAUAGACCCACAAAACAUUUAAAUUAUUUACUAAAAUUUCAUAUACCACAAUAAAAAUAAUAAUAUCGAGGAUAUAAUUAUGUAAAGGGCGAAAAACUGGGCAGAGUUUAGUUAAUAUUCUGUUAUCCCAGUACCCGGCCCAGUCACGCACCCCAACACAGCUCCAAGAUAAUUAUAUUUAUAUAUACUAGUUUGUUCUUUUAAUUUAAAUCUUAAAAUGUAAGUGUAUUUGGCUCAGUUCCAAAACUGCGAUGCCUGUUGUGACAAAACCCAUUGUCCAUUGUUCUUCUAUCCAUCUGUCAACUUCUCUUUUGAAGUCUUUUUGACUGGACUGUUCUAAAGCUUGGUACUAUGAUCUGUCAACUUCUCCUUUGAAGUCUUUUUGACUGGACUGUUCUAAAGCUUGGUACUAUGAUCUGUCAACUUCUCCUUUGAAGUCUUUUUGACUGGACUGUUCUAAAGCUUGGUACUAUGAUCUGUCAACUUCUCCUUUGAAGUCUGUUUGACUGGACUGUUUGGAAGCUUGGUACUAUGAUCUGUCAACUUCUCCUUUGAAGUCUAUUUGACUGGACUGUUCUAAAGUUUGGUACUAUGAUCUGUCAACUUCUCCUUUGAAGUCUGUUUGACUGGACUGUUCUAAAGUUUGGUACUAUGAUCUGUCAACUUCUCCUUUGAAGUCUAUUUGACUGGACUGUUCUAAAGCUUGGUAAUAUGAUCCUUUGGGGAACACUUUACAAACUAAUAGCGAUAUAUUGUGAACAGUUUUGAUCUUUUGAAUUUUUAUUUAAAAAAAAAUAAAUGAAAAUGUGAAAGUCUACCUUCUCUUUGAGUUUUGAUUGGAUAGUUCUAAAAUUAUAGUCCAUCCCAUCAUCCUAAAAAAAAAAAAAAAAUCAGUUUGGUUUGACAUAAGAAAAAAGUAAAAGUAUUUUGGAAAUAACAGAAAAAUACAAUUUUUGUGUGCAUUAAUGACCAAACAUUGCUAAUCUGCAAGAGUAGUAAUGAAGCAUUGGAUUUGUUCUGUUAUUCUCAAAAUGAAGUAUUGCAUUGACCUUGUUAGACAUGCCUCUGAUUAAACAAAGGGUCGGGGUGUAGCACAGUGGUAAAGCACACAUCUGAUGCACGGUCGGUCUAGAGUCGAUCCCUUUCGAUGGGUCCAUUGGGCUAUUUUUUUGUUCCAGCCAGUUGUUAAAAACUGGUGUAACAAAGGCCGUGGUAUGUCCUGUCAUGUCAUGGAUGAUGUAUAUAAAAGAUCUGUUGCAGCAAAUCGGAAGUAGUAGUCUAUUUUGUGGUGACAGCAGGUUUCCUCUCUCAUCUAUGUGGUCUGAUGCCAUAUAACUGUAAGUAAUGUGUUAAGUGAUGUUAAAUAAAAUAUUCUUUCAUUCCUUUCUUCUGAUUAAACAUUUAAUUUACAUAGCCUUGUUACAUGGUUGCUUGUCUUAUGAAUUUGAAUGUAUGUAUAUAAGAUUUUAGUUCAGUAUGUGUGUACAGUUUGUAAAUAAGUGUCAUCAGUGAUUAAAAAGUAAAUAAAAAACAGGA